GAGCCCGUUAAAUAAAUGGAGGCGAAGAGUAGUAAAUUCCGUGGCCACCCUCCACCCCCCACUUCCCACGACCACGUCGUACCACUGAAGGCCCCACCGUUGCAGUCCUCGCUUGCCUCGGCGACCUCCCGAAAGAACCGCGGUGGUCCUGCGGCGGCCGUCCGCCAUACGGUCAAGUUUAAGGAGCAGUCCGACCAGGACAUUCUCGUGGUCACCGUCGAGCCACCUUCGCCGAUCAGCCCCAGUCCGGAACCGCGCUUCCACCUGCCACCGGUCCCACCCCCACCCUCGGGAACUCCCCACCCCCAAGUGGGCGCGAAAAAGGCCAAAACAGGUACAAAAAAGACCACCGACAACGAGUCCACCACCAAGAGGAAGGCUGUCUCCGUUGGCGGCCAUAAGCCGCGCCUUUCGGAAGGAUGCACUUCGUUGAUGUACGCCUGCCAGCAGGGGCUUACCGAGGAAAUUGUUAAGGAGCUGCGCGAAAAGCCCGACGCGGUCCACCGGCGGGACCGGAACAACCGGGGGGCGCUCCACUACGCGACCAGUUCACGGGACAUUGUGGCCGCGGCCAGCGUCGCGAUGGUGGCCCCCGAGCUGAUCGAGUCGGCCGACGAGGACGGCUUCACGCCGCUCCAUCUGGCCGUCAUCCAGGGCAACCUGCAGCUGGUCAACCUGCUGCUGGCGAACGGGGCCGACGUGAACGCCCUGGACAACGAGGGACACUCGGUGGUGCACUGGGCUACCGUAUGUGGCGAAGUGGAAGCUCUGCGGUCGGUUCUGAACGCCGGUGCUGACGUGUCUACGCCGGACAUCAACGGGGGCAGUCCGCUGCACUAUGCGGCACAGAUGUGCGGAGCAAACUACGAGGGCAAAACGGCUCGUGCUUCGGCCAAACUGGCGCUGGAAAUCCUAAACACGCUGCUAGCCCAUCCGGACACUUCGGUCGAAGUGGAAGACAAGGACGGGCGGCAGCCGCUGCUGUGGGCGUCCUCGGCCGGUUCUGCCAAAGCUGUGCUGGCUUUAAUCAAAGCCGGUGCGCACGUCGAGAGUGCGGACAAGGACGGAUUGACGGCCCUGCACUGUGCGGCUUCGCGGGGUCACACGGAAUGCAUCGAUACGUUGAUUAACUUGUGCGGUGCUCACACGGACCAAAUCGAUUCGAACGGUUGUACGGCGUUGCAUUAUUCGGUGACCUUGGGUCAUGCGGACGCGACUUCGUUGCUUCUGAAGCUCGAUGCCGAUCCGAACCGGCAAGAUCGUAAAGGUCGCACCCCCGCGCACUGUGGUUGUGCCAAGGGCCAGAUGGAGACGGUCAAGAUACUGCACAUGAAGAAGGGUAACCUGUGGCUGCGGAACGCCAAGGGGGACUUUCCGGUACACGAUGCAGCGAGCUCUGGGCGGAGACAGCUGGUGCAGUGGCUGCUGCAGAUGAAACCGAAGCACAUCAACACACCCAGCAAUGACGGAAGGACGCUGCUGCAUACGGCCGCUGGCCAUGACAACGUGGACAUGUGUAAGCUUCUGUUGGAACUCGGCGCCGAGAUCAACAACCUGUACCGGCCAAAUUCGAAAAGUGCCCCCCUUACACCGCUGGAUUAUGCCCUGGCCAAAGGUUUCCGCUCGACCGCCAAGUUCCUCCAGAUGCAAGGUGGCCUUCCGGCGAACAAGCUACGCCUGUCCAGCCGACAGCAGAAGAUCCUUCCCGAUAUCGACAAGGUCGAGCCACUCAAGCUUACGGAAAAGGAGGAACUGAUCGACCUCAAAACAUCCAAGCGCUACAUCGUGUACAUGAACUCCAACACGGACUCGGACAGUCAGGCUGCCGAAGACGAUCGGUCCCACCGGAAGAGUCGUCACAAGCGGAAAGGAAGCCACCGAGCUCGGCGAACUAGCAGCUGCAGCGAUACCGUCUACCUGUUCAAGGAGGGAGCGGCUGACAUCAGUCGAUCCCGAAGUAACGUAGAGUUGAACCGAAGUCACCACCACCAUCACCACAGCAAGGGACGACGCAGCAGCUCAUCAUCGUCCAUCACAAGUGAAUCGUCCUCCGAAGAUUGCUGCCGACACACGCGGAGAAAGCAUCGCUGCUACCGAAAGUGUUCCUCGUCCAAAAGUUCCCGAUCGAAAGACCGCUCGUCACAUCGCCGGGAGGAAUCCAAAGAGGCAAAGGAACUCAAAGAGUACGAGUUUAUGUACGCGGAAAAACGCGAAGCCGGUCCUCGGAAGCCCGGCGAACGUUGUGGGAGGAUAGUGCUAAAGCAGGUGCACAGCGGUUCAUCGGAGAACGACUCGAUGGGAGAGUCCGGACGCGGUGGAACGCUCAAACUGAACAAGAACGGAAAGCCAUCCUCACUGUUGACGGUACCGUCGGAGAUGCUGGGCGGUUCCGGAGGCAACGGGGACGGUCUGGAGGAACAAUCACUGCCCAAAACACCACCGCGAGCGGAGUUCAACAUUAGGAAAGAGUCUGACACAAAAUCGGACGGAAAAUCAUCGGAAUCGUCGGGUGGAAAGAAGUUGCACAAAAAGGGCAAGAACGGGAAGAAGUUGAAAAAAGAUGGUAAAACAACGGGGAAAAAGACAGACUCACCGAGUGAAGAGGAGCAGAAAGCCGGAACGAUGCAGGGUGAAAAAGUGGUAACGGAAGCACAGGUACAUCCAACGCCGGAAGUGAUGGCCAAGUCGACGGAGGAUGAUGGCGCAGCGACGGAUGCAACGUAUACGGUCGAUCAGAAAACCAAGUCGGAUUUUGAAGGUUUGAGCGAAACGGAAACUAGUGCAGGGAAGGGCGUCGCAAAGAUGAAGAGCAAAGCGAGCCCAGAGACGAUAGCGGAAGCAAAAGACGAAUCCGUGCAGGAGGUUCCUGUGGUCCCUUUAGAAGUGCACGAGGAGAUGGCACCUCCAAAAAAGGACCGACCAAAGCUAAAGUCAAGCAAAGACAGCAAAUCAAGCAAAUCCAAGUCUGACUCGUCGGAGAAGGAGAUGCCAAAGCUCAAGUUGAAGCCUAAGGAAAGGGAAGUGCCCGCUCCAGCGCCUCCUCCAUCACCACCGCCACCUCCUCCACCACCACCGGAACCCGAACCAGAACCCAUACAAGAGCCAGAACCUGUCGUCGAGCAACUCUCAAUCGCUGAACCUGAAUCGAACCCCAUUGAGGAGAAACCUCCCGAGCCAGAACCAACACCGGAUGAGGCCAUUGUCCCACAAGAACCCGAACCCAUCGUUGUCAUCGAGCCAGAGCCAGGAUCUCCAGCGGCCGAGGAAUCGCCAACGGAGGAGAAAAGUUCGGAGGCCGAAGAGUCACCGUCAAAGUCGAGCGAGGAAGCUACGGUACCCGGUACGGAAGAGGAAACGACGAAGCAGACUGAACACGAGGUACCAUCGACUCCGGCACCGGCGCCAGCGGAGGAAUCGCCCAAAAAGGUCAGCUUUGACAAGGAGCAGCGACCCAAGCUGAAACGGUCCACCGAAUCGCUGAUGGAGCAGGUCGAGGAGGAGGAAGUGCGCACGGAAGACGAUGCUGUGGUUCCACUGGCGGUGGCGGCCGCGGUCGAUCAAGAAAAGGUCGACAUGACGAGAAGCUUCUUUGUGAGUUUGGACGAGGGUGGGGAGGGUGCUGGUGGAAUCAGUUCCGGUGAUUUGGAAGAAAAGAAAAAGCGAAAGUUGAAGAAGAAGAGUCGCUCGAAGGAGGGUGACGACGAUGCGCAAAACAGCAAAGAUCAGGACUCGGGGUUUGAACCGAGCCCGCAAUCUUUGCGAAGCAAGUCGACCGUGUUUGAUCGGCCGACCAGUACGGCUGUGCUGUCCAAGAGGCCACCGGCAUUUACGAUGCUCGAGGAAGGUCGGGCGGCCAGUUCCCGGCCCGAUGGACGCAAACCAGGUGACAAGAAUGCCGUCAACAUGACCACCGUCCAGCAGUCGAUCCAGCGGAACAUUCGCAGAUAUUACAUGGAAAGAAAAAUCUUCCAACACUUGCUCGAGCUGAAAAGCCUGCAGAUCCGGUCGACCAAGAUCAACGAGAGUGUGCUGGUGAAGCGGGCCGUCGACGACUACCACCGGUCGACGAUCGAGCUGGGCUACGAGACGGGGUCGACCCUGAAGCGGUACCCGUACUCGGAGUACUCGUUCAAGAACUUCGAGCUGUUCCUGUACGACACGCUGAAGACGCUGCAGAAGCGCGAGACCUACAACUUCCAGAACAUCUCCGAGGUGUACGACGAGACCGAGCGCCGCCUCAGUCCGGACGUGAGCCGCUACGAACGGGCCCUGAACUGCACGACCAAGACGCAUCGAUGUCUGCACGCGACCCACGCGUACACGGGCAUUCCCUGUGCAGCUUACAUUCCCAUGAUGAACCACCACACCAUCCCCAAGUUUGGAUUUGGUCCGUACAAAUCAUCUUCCACCGGGGUUGGCAGCUUUUUCCUGCCGAAAAUCCUCACCAACCCGACGGACCGGAACUGUCCGGGGGCGGAAGCCGUCGCCGCCGCAGGUCCCAGCAGCAGUAAGGGAAGUCCGCGGAAGGUCAGCCUCAGCAGUCUGCCGGGAAGUCCCCGGAAGCAGCGACUUCAGCAACAUCUAUCUCCCACUCGACAGCAGCUGGUGAUGCCCAGAAUCCCCAGCAGCAGCAGCAACAGCACAGGUCCCAACUCCACCCAGGUCUUCCAGCUGUUGUAGAGGAGGACUCCAACCUGGACUCGAGCAGCUCCGGGCCGUCUCCCGCCGCCGUUGGGACCACGUAGUGCCGAUGGACGGACGUCCCGACUGCCGCUAUAUACAUACUGCCAGAACUGGCCCUCCCCAAUCAGAGGGGGGGAGCAGUUCCUUGUUCGUUGUUCUUUAAAUGUUUGGGUUGUUUCUUCACUGUUUGUAAAACCCACUCUCUCUAUUUCUCUCCUUACCAGUCGCAGAGCUUUCUUCUCUCUUCCGGAUGAGACACCUAGCGGGCACGAGCGCAAGCUUGGUUUUAAUCACUCAACGAGAGGAAGAAAACGCUGCAUUUGUUUAUUUCGAUUAUUGGUAGAGUUUUCAAACAAUUCCAAACAAAACCGGAAAGCAAUUCUUGUUGUAAAUAUGAGCAAAUAAUAUACACAAACAGAUAUACAGUAAUGAUUAGUUCGGUUCUCUGGGACCGAAUUUGAUCGCAACCUUGAACAAAAAGGUGUUUUGUCGACUAUGCUUCAAGAAAUAACUCCCUGGGUUGUCAUCUUUCCGCUACUUCUCCAUCGUUUUCAUUACAAUUGGCUUCAUCCGAGAAUCUUCAUUGUUGUUUUGUUUUCAUGAAAUUCAAUAUCCUCACAACUCAGUUGGUUGUCCACCUUUUCUCCUCAUUCAACAUACAAACAAUAAAU